AUUUGAAAGUCCGUGAGAAGGAAGCGGCUAGAAGUGAAAGUGUACUACGGAUAUGAGAAGUACCCGGUCAUGCUGUCCAUGCAACAGUUUUCCUCAUUGAACUCUGAAGAACAAUGUUCUCAAGUUGGCUUCACUAACGGGGUAAGGGCAAGCACGUUGUUAUACUACGAAAUGAGAUGUUAUGUUUCUUAAAAUACGUUGAAUAGAAACUGCUCUGUUAGUACUCGUUUACUGUCUAAUAUAUAAUCCAGCCAAUAUACAUUUCACGGUAUAAGAAAUGUAUACGCCGAUUUGUGCUUUUUUGUUAAUUUUGUGUUUAUUACAGAACAAUUGAUUUUUAACAUUUGUGUACUCGGUCUGCUUCAAGCCCUGCCUUACGAAUAAGAGUUAAAACCUGACCGUGAAGUUUGUGUUUGUGUCGCACUAGCUGGGCAGGGAGCUGCCAGAUGUCAGACCUGAACCCCGUGGUGUGCAAAAAUAAGUCUAGCAUUAGCGGUUUCUGAAUGGUGCUAAGCGUGAUGUUGUAAUUGGGCUACAUGGUGAGGAAAUAAGACGUUGAGAAUUAGACCCGAAAACCCGGGGCGCCCAGGAAAGUGCGGGCAGUCAAACCUGAACCCCGGAGCGCCCAGGAAAGUGCGGGCAGUCACACCCGAUCAUCGCAGCAACCUGGAAGGCGUUGAGUGUCUGACUCUACCCUCGGAGCACGAUGUCAUAUCACACUGUUUUACAUAUUGGUUCCCAUUAGACUCUUAGCUAUACGUAGCACGUGGAUAAAGGGUUGUGCCUGUUUCGCAUGUAUUUUUCUCCGUUUCUUGAAAAGCGCCUGCAGCUGUAUUGUACUCUACAACCAUAGACUGGAUACGUGCAUAUCACUAUAGCGGCAACUGUACCUGCGUGUCAGAUGUUUGCGGUAAUUUGAUAGCAGUAACAGAUUCAUGCAGGUCGUGUUUCAAUAUUACGCUGCCUGCUAGAGCUGACGAAUGCACUGGGAUUGUCAGUAAUGACUAUUUUAAGAUCUGAAGUGUGAAACUGUUUUUCCCAUUCCGGCACAGCGCCUCCUCCUCACACCCAGAGAAGAUACGAGGUCUCUGCUUGCCCUAGGAGGUUAAAAAUAAACUUCUUCCGAAGAUGAGAUUUCAGAUCCCCAUUCUUUACAGUACCACCGGUACUGGAAUGGAAAAUCUGAAGUUAACAAAUACCUGGUUAUAAAUAGGCAGAGACCAUGGUCCCCCAGGCUGUCUGCAUCUGCGACCUGUUUUCGGACUGGGUCCUAGCGCAGUCGGAAGAAGUUACUCAACAAAAUCCGACACUUGGUUUAAACACAAAAAUCAGCAUAUUAAAAUAAUGAAAUGAUUUCAUUAUAGGAAAAGCUGGAACGCUAACUGCCCAAGUUUGAGAUUUACCUUUCUCUAUACUCCGUUACGAGUAAUGUCUCAAGUAAACGCUAACCCAUGAUAAAUUUAUCAAAUCAUGGGUGACCAAAUGAUCGCGUAUAUUUCAGCCGAUUCUACUGCAGUUAUUUCUGAAUUGAAGGAAAAUCGGAACAACGAUAGCACAUUUACACGGAUUAACUCAGAGACUGCAUGGUGGAGAAUCUUGGAACGCAGCGCUAGGACCCUGGGGCGGAGCGAUGGAGAGGUCCCGUCUGAAAAGUCCUUAUGGUGGGGCGGGUCGGACGCUGUUCUGAAAGCCCAAGCUGUCUAUUAUCGGCUCUCCUGAGCUUAAGUUUGAAAAGUAGUCAUUCAUUGUGAAAUUGUUAGAGUGUCGAUGCCGUCCCGCAGGUUGCUGUAAUCAGCCGGCUUUAGGAGGCACCGGUUUGUAGCCGUGGCUCUGCUGCCAGGUAAGAUGUCCUAUUCAAACUGAGGUCUUCUGAGCAGAUCAGCACGUUGUGCAUAUCGUGACCGCAGGCGCAAAAUAUUCUGCUGUGGAGUAGUGUAUCACGUCCAUAUUUUAUUAUUGUUUAUUCUGUUUUAUAAUUACAGUCAAUAUUUUUAAAUGAUGAUGGUAGUAGUAGUGCGAGAUGAAAUGCUGGUAUCAAAAAUGUUGUAAUUAUGGUGUCCUCACUCGUAAUCAUGGUCAAAUGUAGUGCAAAAUAACCUGCGAUAGCACGUUAAGGAGCAAAUGGUGUCGGGUCAGAGGUCUUUAUUAUUUUUAAGGACAAUUAACAUGUCGGGAGUGCUUUGUAUAACAUUCUGUCACUGUGUUUUAUUUAUGAUUUCUGAUUAUUUCAAACACCCGUUUGUACCUUAAUAUAUCCGCUGAACAUGAUCGUUGCAUCGUGCGAUGUUAGUGUAUCUACGUGCAUGAAUCCGAAUACGUAGGUAAGCUGACCGUGUACUAAGGUCUAAGUGUUUUAUAUGGUAGUUUGACAGUUUUUGCUGCACCGCCGGCUGCCUGAAACAGGUGUUGGGGACAGAUGAGGACAAUAUGGGGGACGUUUGCUCUCAGAAGCUGGGAUCAGUCAGGUACCUCCGGCUGCUGCUCGUCAUCCUGAUGCCCUGUACGUGCGCCCUUCUCUGCUUGCUGCUUAUCUGCUUGGCACUUAAUGGUACAAUAGGAAAUGGUGUUCUGGAGUCUGGGGAGACGCACCCCCUUCCCGCCAGCAAAGAGGCCCCUCGCACUGAUCUGCCCCUCACAGGCUUCGACUUGGGGCCACAGGUCUCUUCCGCCGGGCUGGAUCGCAGCACGCAGUCCGUGCUGAUGAGCAGCAGCCGUGACCCCAUCACCCAGGGCAUGGGUCACCUGAAGCCUCGCUCCAGCAGCCCCACAUUCCAGCCCCCCACCCUCACUGCCACCCCUGAUGUCCCCACCACUGCUGUGCCCAGCUGGGUGACAUCACUGUCCACUCUCAGUCCACUGUGGUCAGACACAACACUGCAAGCGAUGGAUCUCAACAUGGAUCUGGACGUCUGUUCGGAUAUUAGCCAGAGCCAGUGCCACAUGCUGCCAUACAACCGGACCAGUGUGUUCUCCCGCAGAGUCAUCGUCAAGAGUGUCGAGGUGGACAUGUUCCUCAAGUUCUUCAGCUACCUGAACCGCCUCAGCUGCUACCGACACAUCAUGCUUUUUGGCUGCAGCCUGGCACUCCCAGAAUGUGUCACUGAGGGAGAAGAAAGGCGGCUGAUCUUCCCCUGCAUGUCGUUCUGCGAGGCAGCGCGGGAUGGCUGUGAACCUGUCCUGCAGAUGUUCAAUGCCUCCUGGCCUGACUUCCUCCGCUGCUCACAGUUCAGCAACCAGUCUGCUGCCGGAAACAGCGGCAGUGCUGUGUGCUACAGUCCACGACACGUCAAGGGCAAACCCUCUCUGUGUGGUGGGCGAGACAAUUUCCUGUGUGCUACUGGAAUCUGUGUCCCUGGGAAACUGGUGUGUAAUGGGUACAAUGACUGCGAUGACUGGAGUGAUGAAGCUGACUGCCGCUGCAGUGGGGAGCAGUUUCACUGUGGAACGGGACGCUGCCUCAGUCCCAGCUUUGUGUGUGAUGGUUAUGAUGACUGCGGGGAUCUGAGCGAUGAGCAACGGUGUGUGUGUGAUCCAGAUAGAGAACAUCGGUGCGGAGAUGGCCGCUGCAUCACCAGGGACUGGCUGUGCGAUGGUGACCACGACUGCUUGGACAAGAGUGAUGAAGUCAACUGCUCCUGCAAGAGCCAAGGCCUGCUUGAGUGCCGCAACGGCCAGUGCAUCCCCAGCGCCUUCAGAUGCGACGGCGACGAGGACUGUAAGGACGGCAGCGAUGAAGAAAACUGCAGCAACCUGCAGGGUCAGAGUGCGUGUGGCACAGGAAGCACAAGCUGCAUCGCCAGUGCCUGCACACAGGGAUGUCCUGCCAGUGGCACUUGUGACAGCCGCAGCAGCACAGCAAACUGCAGCCGCUGUGAGGCCAUUACACUGGAGCUGUGUAUGAACCUGCCUUACAACACCACCAGUUUCCCCAACUACCUGGGUCACCAGACCCAGAAGGAGACUUCCAUCAGCUGGGAGUCCUCCCUUUUUCCUGCUCUGGUGCAGACCAACUGCUACAAGUACCUCAUGUUCUUUGCUUGCACUGUGCUGGUACCCAAAUGUGACCCUGAAAGCUACCAGAAGGUACCCCCUUGCAGGUCUCUGUGCCGGAAUUCCAAGGAGCGCUGUGAGUCUGUGCUGGGAAUUGUGGGAUUGCAGUGGCCAGAGCACUCGGAUUGCACCCAGUUCCCAGAGGAAGGACAGGAAAAUUCAACCUGUCUGCUUCCAGACCCGGACGUGGACGAAUGUUCUCCCAGCCACUUCAAGUGCCGGUCUGGAAGGUGUGUCCUGUCCUCAAAGAGGUGUGAUGGCCACUUGGAUUGUGAUGACGACAGUGAUGAGGAGAAUUGUGGAUGUAAGGAGAGAGGAUUGUGGGAAUGUCCCGGUAACAAAGCCUGCAUCAAGCACUCAAUGAUUUGUGACGGAUUCCCAGACUGCGCUGACCUGGCUGACGAGCGGAACUGCUCUGUGUGCAGUGAUAAUGAGCUUCCGUGCAAUAACCACAAGUGUGUGCAUCGCAUGUUGUGGUGCGACGGCGGGAAGCACUGCUCUGACAGCUCAGACGAGUGGGACUGCGUGUCUCUGUCCAAUACAUCCCUGUCGCUUCUGACGGUCCAUAAGACGGCGGCUGAGUACCAGGUCUGCGGAGACGACUGGCACCCGGAACUGAGCCGUUUGGCGUGUCGGCAGAUGGGUUUAGGUAUCCCCGUGGCUGUGGAGAUGGUGCCGGAGCAGGCCGGCCUGCUGGGCCGUAGGCGCUGGCUCCAUGUUCACCCUGACUGGACUCACAGGAAUGGGUCUGCUCUGCAGGCGAUGCUGGAGAAGCGAGGGCAUUCUUGUCAUUCACGCAGAAGAGUAUCCCUCCGUUGUGCCAAAGAAGACUGCGGCCGGCGCCCCGCGGUGCGCAUGUCCAAGCGCAUCCUGGGCGGGAGGACCAGUCGGCCUGGCCGCUGGCCCUGGCAGUGCUCCCUGCAGAGUGACCCCAGUGGCCACAUAUGUGGUUGCGUGCUCAUCGGCCGCAAGUGGGCACUCACCGUGGCCCACUGCUUCGAAGGGCGAGAGAGUGCCGACGCAUGGAAGGUGGUGUUAGGCAUCAACAACCUGGACCAUCCAUCCCCCUUCAUGCAGACCAGGAAGGUUAAGAAAGUCAUUGUGCAUCCACGCUAUAACCGCGCAGUGGUUGACUACGACAUCAGUGUGGUGGAGCUGGACCAGGAUGUGGAGGAGAGCAGCUACGUGCGGCCGGUGUGCCUCCCCCACCGAGGCCAGCUGCCCCAGCCAGAUACCUACUGCUACAUCACUGGCUGGGGUCACAUGGGCAACAGGAUGCCUUUCAAGCUGCAGGAAGGUGAGGUGCGGAUCAUUUCCCUAAACCAGUGCCAGUCUUACUUUGACAUGAAGACCAUCACGUCCCGCAUGCUGUGUGCCGGGUAUGAGUCAGGAACUGUCGACUCUUGCAUGGGAGACAGCGGAGGUCCUCUGGUCUGUCAGGAAGUGGACGGUCGCUGGAGUCUCUAUGGCCUGACUUCCUGGGGGUCAGUUUGCUUUUCAAAAGUCCUGGGACCUGGAGUCUACAGUAACGUAACCCACUUUGUGGAGUGGAUUGAGAGACAGAUUUAUCUCCACACCUUCCUCAUUGAUUAAGCCCUAUUGGAAAUACUUUCGGCAUUUGGCAAAGGCUAAAGAUGGAAUGCAGAACCCUGAAGGGGGAAUAAUGUUGAGACUGAGUGCUAAUUAAUCAUGGUUACUUAUGCAGGGAUCUGAAGGUGUCACUGUGCUCAAUGAUCAUUCCAAGAUGUGCUCAGAUAUCCCAAAACCAAAUGGAGGAAAGUAUGACUUUAAAUCUGAGCCAUUUUACAGUUUAGUCAGCUUUUGGAAGUAACAAUAGCUAUAUUUGCCAUUGUUGAAGAUGCUAAGUCCUGCACAUCUUGGAAAGCAGCUGGUGAACUGUUCCUCAUGAUGGAUUCAGACCCGGACAGCUAGACAGUUAAAUGAUGGCCUGCUUUCCAAAAUGGAAAAUGUCUUUAAAAGAAGAUAGGAAGGAAGCACAAACAGACAAAUACAGUGAGGUGUGCAUUAAAUAAUAUAAACUGGUGUUCACGAUGAAAGCCAAUAAACCAACUUUUCACCAGAUCAGGAAGACUGUUAGGUCCAUUUAAAUGUUGUUUGGCUGUUGUCCAAAAUUAGAGACCUACUAUCAGCAGUAGUUUAGAUUAUAUCAAGGUACUUUGCUCCUGCUAUGCAGUUAUAUGUGAAUAUAAUGGUUUAUAGGAUCUGUAGUCACUGCCACUAUUUUUUGAUUGUAUUGUUGUAGCGCAUAUAUGUGUCCUUGAGAGGUAAAGUGGGCUGUCCCACAAAAACAAUGUCUUGAGAAAAUGAGCUCCAAAGUUGAAAUUAAAAAAAAAAAAAAUCAGUGUGUCUAUACCCUACAAUUGAUAUAUAUCAUAGGUAGCACAGAGGUAUGACUUAUCCAAUUGAAAAUAUUCAAUAAAAAGGGGGUAAGGGUCAGAAACAUGGGAUAGCCCACUUUCCCUCUCAAGGGCACAUAUAUACACUUAUAGAAUAACAUGCAGUGUAUAUAUACACUUAUAGAAUAACAGGCAGUGUAUAUAUACACUUUUAGAAUAACAGGCAGUGUGUAUAUACACUUGUAGAAUAACAUGCAGUGUGUAUAUACACUUAUAUAUAUACACUGUAUGUUCUCUAACAUGUUCCUGAGAAAUUUUGUGAUGUUUCAUGCUAUAGAAACCACAGGUACCAUGGGGUUGGGGCAGAUCUCUCCAUCCAUUCAUUUUCUGUGACCGCUUGUCCUAUUCAGGGUCACGGGGGGCGAGGCCUGUCCAGGCGGCUGUGGGUACAGGGAGCAGCCCAGCUUGGGGCACCUGCAAAACACUCAAAAACCUGAAAAUAACGAUGCCACAGUUUUAUAAAUACGAAGUAGCUAAUAAAUGGGUAAAUCCUCCAGUAAAUAUAGCACUUUACCUCAAAGUCGAUUCCUUCAUACCUGUUGCUUUUAUAAUAUUUUGUCCCCUCAUUCCAUUCAAAAUACUUUAAUAUUUCAAGCUUUCCCUUAAUACCAUUAGCUUGCCACUGACUGACUGCUUGGCUACUUGGAACCAGGAUGCUUGGAUGUGUUUUGGGUUUUGUUUCUUUUUAAAGUUAUGAAAUGUGGUUGAAAUGCAGAGCAAACACUUGUAGUAUAAGACGUUGAACUGAUGCAGUAACUGGCUGUUUCUGGUGUUGCGCUCCAUGGUUUGCCAUUUUUUGUGUUCACUUGGUACCUGUAUCAUAAAGCGAGAUUUGUUUGUUAGCUAGAUAACACAUUGGAUUUAAGGUAGUCUGGGCUAUAUGUAAGUGAAAGGUAACAAAGAUAAAGUCCAUUUAAACCUUAAAUCCGACAGGUUAUCUACCUAACCAACAAAACUUGCUUUGUGAUAUAAGCCCCAAGUAUUUUUUUGCAGAUAAAACUGCAGAUAAAAAACACAAACAUAGCCCAAUACUGUAAAUGUUUCCUAAUAUAUCGAUUGCUCUGGAGUAAAUUUGCAUUUUCAAAACAUGCUUUGUAGGAGACCAUACUGUGUAGAUAUAUAUGUCUUGGUAAACAGUUAAAUUGUGUUGAUAUUUGUUUUUUAUAUUUUUAAAUGGUAGAUGGUGGUAAAUGCCUGCCUAUAUAUUAAACUAAUAAUGUUUUAAAAACCAUUACUUGAAAAAUCAUAUACAUGUGCAUCAUUAAUUCCUUCUCCGUCGGAGUAGUGUGAUGUUUUUAGAAGCACUAACUAAAGGCCUCUUCUAACCGCGUCUAUUUCUAACGACACAUUUAUUCUUGGCUACUGCAGACACGACUGUGACACAAACAACAAAUUCAACCCCCUAAUUUCUCUCAUUUUUAUCAUACAAUCUUGGGAUUUGGGCCUGUGCAGAAGACAAUUUUCUCCCAGUAACAUCAUAACAUUGAUUACAUACAUACAAGGAACCUGAUAUCGUUGACCUGUUUAGAGUAAUUGGAGCUUCGUCAAAGUCUCUCCUUUAUAAAUAUGUAAAGUCACUAUAUUAACAUGUGAAGGCCUUGAAAUUUGCUGGCUUCAGUUUAAAUUUUGUAUGUUGUAGUGGUAAAUCCUAUGUAAACUGAAAUAUUUAAAACAUUCUAGUGAAAAAUUUGCUACACUGUACAAAUGGUAAUCAUGAAAGAUAAUUAAAUAAAUGCUGUUACUAACAGGUAGUAAACAUUUUAGCUAGUGAAGUAUUUUAGAUUUUCUUCCAGAUUCUAGAUUCGUACCGAUGCUUUGUGAAUCUAAAACACAUGGAUGACUUAUGCCAAAGUCAAAAACCUUUUUUAUUAUUAUUUUUAUGUGUAUAUGUGCUUGUGUGAAAAUGCUCCACUCUGAAAGAGAGAGACACAGAUGUUGAUACUAUUAGAACGUGUGUAUUUGUAUGUUCAUGUAUUUGUCUGUGUCCGUGUAGAUGUAUGCCUGAUUGUGUGUUUGUAUCUGUCGGUAGGUAUCUAUCUAUAUGCAUAUAUUUAUGCUUAAAUGUUUCAGUAUAACAUUCCAUUUAAAGACAUGUUUGUAUUAUUUUUUUUGUUUUGAAUAUUUUUCUACUGCUUUUGUAUGUUUUCUCAUGGAAUGUUCUUGGUUCCCUAACCUAACUUUCCAAUUUUAGAAUUCUUUUCAAGUGUAAAUGACUUGAAAAUGGUAUAUUUGCAUUUACAGAAGACAUAACAAACUUAUUAUUUAUAUCUUAACAAUAAACUUUGUGAACAGAAA